ACAUGAAAUUGAGAAACCCAAAACUCAAAAGGUCAGCCCACGCCCGAACUCGCCCUCUUUAUCCUCUCCAAUUUGCCGAAACUUCCAUUCCAUUUCCAGCAAACCACUGCAACUCUCUGUUACUUCCAACUUCAACACUCAUAGUACUUCUUCCAUCAUCGACCCUAGAGGAGGUUUUUGCUCCUUAGAAUGGGGCCUGUUACGUUAGCCAUUGGUGGCACAAAGAACUCUUCAAUGGAACAGUCAGAUAUGUCGGGGCCAAAAGUGCAGAAAGUAUCGAUGGGAAGUAAAAUGUGUUUUGCAUCUGCCAGCAUGGGAGAAGAAAAGCCCUUUGAUUUCAUUCAAACGUUAGUAGAUGGUAUUAUUGCAGGAGGUACUGCUGGUGUCGUUGUGGAGACUGUUUUAUACCCAAUUGAUACUAUAAAGACACGAUUACAGGCAGCACGUGGUGGAGGAAAGAUUGUUUUGAAGGGUCUUUACUCUGGAUUGGCUGGAAAUCUUGCAGGAGUCCUUCCAGCAUCUGCUGCGUUUCUGGGUGUGUAUGAACCAACGAAGCAAAAGUUGUUGAGGUUGCUUCCUGAGAACCUUAGUGCAGUUGCACAUUUGACUGCAGGUGCUGCUGGGGGUGUUGCUGCUUCUCUAAUUCGUGUACCUACUGAAGUUGUUAAGCAGAGGAUGCAAACAGGGCAGUUUACUUCAGCUCCUGAUGCUGUACGUCUAAUUGUUUCAAAGGAGGGAUUCAAAGGUCUUUAUGCGGGAUACAGAUCAUUUUUGCUACGAGAUUUACCCUUCGAUGCUAUACAGUUCUGCCUAUAUGAACAGAUUCGGCUCGGUUACAAGCUUGCAGCCAAAAGAGAACUGAAUGAUCCGGAGAAUGCCGUCAUUGGCGCUUUUGCUGGUGCGUUAACUGGUGCUAUUACUACCCCUCUUGAUGUAAUUAAGACUAGGCUAAUGAUCCAGGGAUCUGGAAACCAGUACAAAGGCAUUGUAGAUUGUGUCCAGACUAUUGUUAGGGAAGAGGGAGCCCCUGCCCUUUUAAAGGGGAUUGGACCUAGAGUUUUGUGGAUCGGAAUUGGUGGCUCUAUAUUCUUUGGUGUACUUGAAAGCACAAAGCGGUUUCUUUCAGAGUCACGAGAAAAGCGUAUUGAAUCAUCAGAGAAAAAACAAGCUUGAUGUUAUUUCCUUGAGGUGGAACAUGAUAUGUUAGCAUUUUGAGUUAACCAUUAAUUUGCUUAAACCCUUGAGUUAGUCAGCUAAUAAUAAUAACAUGCUUUUAUGAUAAAGUUGUAUAUUUGUUGUAAAUUUUCAUUAGGCACAUUCCAAACUCCUAUUAUGAGUCAAACAAGGGAUCAACUUUUGUAGAAGAUUCAAAUAGCUCCAAUUGAUCUAAAUUUGAUUUCUCCUGUAUGAGUAUAGAAAAAAAGAAAAAUGAGAAGUCCAAUUUUACCAA